AUGUCCGGUGAGCCGCAGAGGGCUGUUGACAGCCCCAGUACCAGCUCAGGUGGGGAUCAGCGUGAAAGUACUCCGCAAGGACGAGAGAGGGAACAGCCACAGCCCAAGAAACUAGACGCCAAGAUUUCCAGUAAAACUGCUGCUAAACUUUCAACUAGUGCUAAAAGGAUUCAGAAGGAAUUUGCAGAGAUUACAUUGGAUCCUCCUCCAAACUGCAGUGCUGGUCCUAAAGGAGACAAUAUUUAUGAAUGGAGGUCAACAAUCCUGGGACCCCCAGGUUCUGUUUACGAGGGUGGUGUCUUCUUCUUAGAUAUCACAUUUUCACCUGACUACCCCGUCAAGCCACCCAAGGUGACUUUCCGAACAAGGAUCUAUCAUUGUAAUAUCAACAGCCAAGGAGUGAUCUGUCUGGACAUCCUGAAGGAUAACUGGAGCCCAGCACUGACGAUCUCCAAGGUUCUCUUGUCAAUUUGUUCUCUUCUACCAGAUUGCAAUCCUGCUGAUCCUUUGGUUGGAAGCAUAGCUACUCAGUAUCUGACCAACAGAGGAGAACACGACAGAAUAGCCAGACAGUGGAUCAAGAGAUACGCCACAUAG